GAGGCCGGCCGAGCGAAUUCUCGAACAUUCGUCGCCGUCUCCGCGCGGGUAACUUUGUCGACAUGACGUGCGAGUGGACCAACGAGUUUACUUUAAAGUUUUUGGAGUUGUACCAAAACGAACCGGUCAUAUGGGACCCCGUGCAUUCGUUGCACAAGGACAAAAAGAAAAUCAACCACGCGUGGGCCAGAUUGGCCGGACAACUGGGAUGUUCGACGGCGGAGUUGAAGAAAAAGAAAGACUCGCUCAUGGCAUCGUUCAGGAGCCAUUUGCGCAAAAAGAAAGCUUCGAUCCACUCCGGCGCUGAUGCCAAUGAUGUUUACACACCGAUAUGGUUCGCUUACGAACGCAUGGAGUCUUUUCUGGCGCCGAUUUACAAAUGCCAGACGACCGCGAGCGCUCGAGACGAUACGUUUUUUGUAACUUGCGAAGAAAGCCAAAGUGUGGUAACUGGGGACACGCCAACAGAGAGUACAAUAGUUGCUGAACGACCAAACUCCUCAACGCCUUCGCUGCCGAAUCCAACGGUUCGACGUCGGGGUAACCCUCGCGCGCUUGAAGGGGCCGGAAAUCGGACGAAGGAAGCGUUUGACAUGCUGAAGGAUGUAAUCGCCAAAAGAGCCGGUGACAGACAAGACGAAGACGAGUACGAUCUUUUCGGCAGAAUGUUGGCGAAAAAGAUAAGGAAACUACCGGAACUCGAACGACAGGUAUUUAUGUACGAGAUCGAAGGGAUGUACAUCGACAAGCUACGCGAGGUCCGUCCAAAAUGACUUCCGAUCCCAGAGCAUAUUGUUGUGUUCAGAAAUGGUUAUUGAAUCGUAUCUGUUUCAGAGUAGAUACUACACAUUUGUUAACGUUUUUUAGCAUUACAUAUUUUACAGCUAUUUUUUUUUUUUUUUUUUGUACAGUGUAAAAAUCAGUAAUUUCCGCAUCGAGUGGGACGAUAAAACGAAAAAAACAUGACAUUUAAAGCUUUCUAAUUUACAAAACGUUUGAUUUAUGUGUGACGUUUUUUCCCCGUAGGAGUAUAUUGACUGCGCUUAAAUCGAGAAUAAUUAACCGACACAUAAAUGUCACUAAACACACUGAUACGAUAUAAUUAUGAUUAUAAAUAGCGUUGGUUAGAUUUUCAGCUGUUGCUUGUUGAAUGAUAAAAAAUCAAAAAUUAUGUUUUCUUUUAUAAAAUUGCACAGUUGAGCGAAAUUCGAAUGUUUGCGAUUUUAAUCAAUCCAAUUCGUUCAAUUUCAUUAUGUUUAUUAAACAUGUACUCAUUUUGAACUUUAGACCGAAUCAAUUACAGAUAAAUAAUAGGUAUAACCUACAAAUUCAAACACAGUUUUGAGAAUUUGGAUUUUUUACCCAUUAAGACUAUAUUAUAUCGAGUUAUGUGUACUCAGAUUUUUUUUUUUUUAAUGUGAUUGUUCAACGUAGAACAAGGCUUAUUAAAGUAUACAUUUGUAAGUUAUUUCACGAAUAUUUAUUAAGUUCCAGGUGCAUAUUAUAUUUUAUUACCGAGUUGAGUGUAUUUCAAUA